CCCUUUACACUCUCCUCUCCCUGUCUUCCAACCUCACUCAGUGGAGCGAGCGUACAGGAGGCAGCUGCCGAGGAGCGAGCUGGGAGGCAACUCCAGCCUCCUCUCCAGCAAAUUGUGCCUCCUGUACAAUGGAAACUAAGCGGUCGCAUAGCAGAAAGGAUGGAGAGCAGAGCUGCCAGGCAGGUACGUCCUGCAGCACUUUGACAGUGAGCAGACACGACUUAGGUCUGCAGGGGUCAUGAGGGUGUCAGAGGCCCCGCUCACUGUUCAGAGCAGCUGAAGCAGACAUGGGCAAAGAAGUCUCGGAUGGCAUCGGUAGGCUCAGCCUCAUCGACUUCACCAGCCACAUCCUCCUUUGCCACAACCACCACUGGCUACACAAGAAGUCCUCUGUAUUUGCCAGCAUCUCCCUGUAAGACUUUGCAAUGAGAAUGUCUGAUAACGUCGACACUGAAACAAUGAAGGUUUCCGAAGCCGCCGAACCCGUGUCAUCUGCAAAAGACGCCAAGACUGAGGUGUCUGACCAGAGCCAGAACAGCAGAGAUGAACAUGGUUGCAACAAUAAAAAGGACAUACAGCCUGUGAAGUACUCUAAGUCCAACACCAGGCUAAAGCUCGUGCGGAGCCUGGCGGUGUGUGAAGAGUCGUUUCCUUGCCCUAUUCCUGAGCCUUCAGCAGCACCCCAGGAUGGGUUCCUACUCCAGCCCUUUGAAAAGGAAGAACGAGCUGCACAAGUCCAAGCCGAGAAAGAAGAAAGCUACGACAAGGCGGACAAACCAGAGAAAACGCAGAAAAAAAUGCUGUCGAGAGAUUCCAGUCAAGACUAUACAGAUUCAACUGGGAUAGAUCUCCAUGAGUUCCUGGUCAACAAACUGAAGGGCAACCCCAGGGAUCGAAUCAUGCUGCUGAAGUUGGAACAGGACAUCUUGGAUUUCAUCAGCAAUAAUGAAAGUCAAAAGAGAAAGUUCCCACCCAUGACGCCCUACCACAGGAUGCUGUUACACCGAGUGGCGGCCUACUUCGGCAUGGAUCACAACGUGGAUCCCAGUGGGAAGUCAGUGGUGAUUAACAAAACCACCAACACCAGAAUACCCGAUCAGAAAUUCUCCGAGCACAUCAAGGAUGACAGGGCGGACGAUUUUCAGAAACGCUACAUUCUCAAACGAGACAACUCCAGCUUUGAUCGUGAAGACAGCACGAUUCGAAUGCGUUUGAAAGCUGACAAGAGGAGCAAAUCGAUGGAGGAGAGGGAGGAGGAGUACCAGCGAGCCAGAGAAAGGAUAUUUGCACAUGAUGGAGAUCACUUCAUACUGGAUAGAAGUGCUCAGGAUGAAGACGCAUGCAUGAGCACCCAACAGAGGCGGCAAAUGUUCAGGUUACGGGCCGGCCAGUCUGGCGCCAGCCGGCAGAGCAGCUCGGAGACAGAAGCGCUGCCGCGACACGGCGAGCCCCGGCCUUGGAGCAGCACCGACAGCUCGGACAGCUCCAACCGACUUGCCCCGCGGCCCGCCAUCACCAAGGCCAGCAGCUUCAGCGGCAUUUCCCCCGUCCUCGUCAGAGGGGAUAGCACAGCCAGCAGCAAGAGCACCGGGAGGCUCUCGAAAACAGGUUCAGAAUCGUGCAGCAGCGUCGGUUCCUCGUCCAGCUCGCUGUCCCGUCCCCAGCUGCCUCUCCCAGUCUCGACCUCUUCCCGCUCCAACGUUCCCAGCGCACCUUUAAUCCAUCCCGCUGCUGACGCCAGAGGCGCCGGACACCCUGAGAUGACCAAGAGCCUCCUGUCACAGCCGCCGCCAGCUACAGACGCAGCAAGCUAUUACCUGUUACCGCUGGAAGCCUCAGGGAUACCACCUGGCAGCGUUCUGGUCAACCCACACACAGGCAAGCCUUUCAUCCAUCCUGAUGGCAGCGCUGUAGUUUAUAACCCAGCCAGCAUCGCCCCAGCUGCUGGCAGGAUCCAACAGCAGGGGAAAACCCCACAGCAGCCAGUUCCCGCCACAGCGCAGCAACAGCCAACCAAUCACCUUCACUCCCAGCCGAUCUGUCCUCCUCUCCAGCCGCCCUCUGAGCCUGUCCACAACCCAAUGGUCUCUUCUUAUCCUCUUCCUCCUCCUCCUCUUCCUCCUUCUCAGUUCCUGCCCGUCUGUCCUAACCAACAAUACACUGUGCCUGACUCUCUCAACGCCCAGUUUAGCCACAUGACUCUGGCGCAGCAGCCAGCCAAUGACAGUGGCCCUUCAGCUCCUGACGGUCGCCACUAUCCCUCUGUGUACCACCACCACCACCCCUCUGCUGUGGUGCUGCAGGGCGCUCCUCCACAGCAGGUUGCUAGCUACAUAGUGGCAGGGCCAUCAGGAGGACACCCGGGGGUGCUGCAGGGUCAGCCCAUCCCACUCCCAACCCCGGCCCAAAAUCACACAUAUCCCAGCUCCGCCCUGGGUCCUGCUGCUUUUCCCGGACCCGCCCUGAACCAGCCACUCCUGCAGCAGCACGCCUACAUCCAGCAGCCUGUCCAACAGAUGUCCUCGUGUUACUGCUCUUCAACCCACCACCCACACUGUUCCAGCACGCAGCAGCAGCAGCAGCAGCACUACCGACCGCCUGUCAGCACGCUGCCCUAUAACUGCCCACAGAGCCAAAACCUGCCCCAGCAACAAGUGCACCAAGCCGUGAUGCCAAACCCAGCGUCCAGCUACCAGACAGUAGUGGGCGUGCAGCCAACACCCAACCUCGCUCUCACUGGCAACCAGCAAAGCAAUAUGGGCAACCAGAUGCAAGGCAUGAUGGUCCAGUACCCUCCAAUGCAGUCUUAUCAGCAGGUUUCUGUUCCACAGCAGACGUACCAGCAGCCAGUGUUUGUGUCCUGCCAGCCGGGACAGGGGGCAGUGGCUGUUGCUGGCAUGCAGCCCUGCUACAGCCUGCUGCCUCCUAACCAGCACACCACCAUGAGUUCAACAGUGAGUUUCCUGCCCACACCGAUGAUGGAGCAGCUCCAGUUUUCUCAGACCUCGUCCCCCUGCGUCUCCCAGCAGCACCCGGGCCAGCAGUACGCAGGGUUGUUACCCCCGGCCCCCAGCAGCGGCAUGGUGAUGCUGCAAAUGACAGCAGCCCCCUGCCAGCAGCCCCGGGCCCCCUCCCCCUGCCAGAGGAAACCACUCAGCCACAAACACUUGGGCCCCGAGCACCAACGCAACCGCAGGCCCGCCGAGCUCCCUCCGCCUCCGGACAACAUCCAGAGCAGCCUGCCCUCGUCUCCGGCACUCACUCCCUCGCCAGGCCAGCCGCCCAGCGUCAAGGGCCUCCCAUCAGGCAUCUCACCCAUCCCUGUCAUGGCCCACCACCCGCAGCUCCCUACAGCCUUCUGCCACAGUGGACAAGGUGAAGCGCACUACUCUUUACUGGGCCAGCCUUUGCAGUACAAACCCUCCAUCAGACCUCCGUUGAUCCACACUGCACACAUGAUGGCCAAACAUCAGGUUCCUCUGGGGGUUUGGCGUGGCGGUCAUGGGAGGAAGGCCGGCAGAAAAUCAGUCUCUUCAGAUCUCAGUGUAGGUGAAGCAGUUGUUUUAUUUACUGGCUCCACUGCUCACAGCGCUGUCUGUCUGUGUGCGUCUGCAGUGAGCAGUCAGAUUCUGGAUGUGACACAUCCUCCGGAGGGGAUCAGCUGUACAGACUCCCACCACCUCCUGGCAGAGAUGUACAAAGGGGGCGAAUCGAUCCGCCGGCUGUCGGACCAGCAGCCACGGUUGUGCAACUCGACCCGAGGCGCUCCCGGCAGAGACCUGGCCUCGUCGCGCCCUAUCUUUGCCACGCUCCCCUCCAGACACACCACCCCGAGCGCCGUGUUCCGCCCCACAGGCCCCCCAGGCGCCUUUAAACUCAGAACCAGCAGCGGACACAAAGGGGAGCUGUGCGACUCAGACAGGACUGGCUUAUAGCUGCUAAAAUCUCAGAGCGGCACACAUGGAACGCACAUCCAACCACCUGCCUCUGCUGCCUCAGUCUGGACUGUCUCCCAGACGCUGUCCAAAUCGAAACAUCAAAUGUCUGAAGAAUGAAUGUUCAUUUUUAUUUUGUUUUAGUUUCUUUUAGCUUUUUUUCCUUUUUUUUCGGCCAACAGGUCUGUGCAGGGUGGAAACCGAGCACCAGUUUGUAAAAUUUGUCCGUAGCUGCAGAGCUCCGCUCAGCGCCCCACUUCUAUUCUAAAACUCCAGUUUGCUGUUCUAAAGUCAAAGUGUUUGGAGACUUUUGGGGUUUGUUUGCCAGCUAUCACAUUAGUGUGUCUACUGCGGCUGUUUUAGUACCAAAUUAUUAUUUUUUUUUCUUGCCACUUUGAAAAUUAGAUGAUAUAAUUAUGUUUAAAUUGAACUGAAUGUGUCACGUUGGGUGUUUAAAGGUUCUAGAACAGCACGUAGCAGCAUUUGUACAAGAAGAAACACUGAAUCACAGAUAAACUACCUGAAUUAUUUAAAGUCACCAUUAAACACCGUGAAUGUUGCAUUUGCACUGAAGUGAUGAUCAGAGGUGGAGAUUUGACUGGUAUCGGACAGAGCCUGGGUUUUUCUUUUAUUAACCCUUAAUACCUGUUUGUUUGCACUCGACCAGGCCACUUUGUUUUAUAUAUUAAAAUGUUUAUAUGCACAAGAAUAAUACAAUCGAGUUUGUCACUA